ACCCUCUUCUCUCUCGUCGCUCGCUUCCUCGCCAUGGAAGCAGUAAACACCGCUUUCUUUUCUAUCCGGCAAAAAGGAGUAAUUUUUGCUCCCUAAAUCCGCUCCUCGUCUCUCAUAAUCUUGUGGCGUUGUCAUCUUCUUCUCUCUUCUUCUACUUCGUUUGCGAUCCAAUGCUCCGUCGAGCUCAAAAAGAUACAUAGAUCGAGCAGUAUUGGUGUGUGAAUCGAAAUGCCAUUCGGGAAAAGCUCCACGAUGGACUUUAGGAGGUCAUCAUCGUCAUCGUCGUCGUCGCAGUGCUCGACAGCGACCCUUGUUGUGUUCGUUGCUCUUUGCUUGGUCGGUGUUUGGAUGAUGACAUCGUCCACUGUAGUCCCCGUCGACAUGUCUGCCACCGAGAUCAACUCGGAGAUGAAGCAACAAGCUUCCGAGACUUAUUCAGCGCCACUCGAAGAGAGUUCAACGGAGGUCUCCGGUGAAGCAACGAGAAGAGAUGCCGACACCAGCGUGAGCGAUCCUACAACUGAAACCAAAUCCGAGUCGUCGGAAGAGCAGAAGCUGCUCGACAAAACAGCUGAAAACAUGGCAGAAAAGACCCAAGAAGGCGAGCUUGGGGAGGAUGGCAAGGAUAAGAAGGAUGAUGAUUCCACAAAAGCUCAGGCAUAUAGUGAUGAGAACGGGAAUACAGAAGGUGAAGAAGUGAUCAAAGAAGGUGGCGAGAGAAAAGAAGGUGAUCCGGAGAACGCUCAAGACAGGAGCUCAGAGGAGAAUCCUCGAGAAUCUGCAAAUGGUGCGCAGGAAAAUACAGCAGACCAGCAGACAUAUAGUGAUGAGAAUGGCACUGCAGAGGGUGGAGAAAUGAUUAAAGAAGGUGGUCAGGAGAAUAGCCUCGACAAGAGCAGGGAAGGGAGUUCUCAAGAAACUACGGAUGGUGAGCAGGAAAAGAAAGCCGACCAGAAGUUUGAUGAAACGACAGAAAGUGAGCAAGACAAAAGCCCAGAACAGAGUUCAGAUGAAACUACUAAUGGUGAUGAGAAACCAGAGGGUGCAGAGAUGAUCAAAGAAGGUGUUCAGGAGUAUGGCCAAGACAAGAGCAGCACAGAGGAGCCUUACCAAGUAACUACUGAUGGUGAACAGGAAAAGAAAGCAGAUCAGAAGGUUAAUGAAACAGCAGAUGGUGAGCAAAACAAGAUUUCCGAGCAGAAUUCAGAUGAAGCUAAGGGAGAUGAGCAACAGAAGUCCGAUAGCAACAACACAUCAGAGCAAGAUGGAAAGGAUCAGGGUCAGAUAGAGGAGAAAGGUGAGCAAAACGAAGACAAGGAGGCCGAAGUAAAAUCCAACGAGACCAUUACAGGGACAGGGAACAAAACGGAGGACAGUGUCUCCAGCGAGUUGUUUCCCGACGGAGCUCAGUCGGAGCUUCUAAAUGAGACGGCCAGAACUCAGAAUGAUGCAUGGUCUACUCAAGCUGCCGAGUCCAAGAAAGAGAAAGAAGUGCAAGCUACACCCAAGGAAGAUGGUACUGGGUACAACUGGAAGCUCUGCAAUGUUUCCACUGGGCCUGACUACAUUCCUUGCCUUGACAACGAGGACGCCAUCAAGAAGCUCAAGACUACUAAGCACUAUGAACACCGGGAGAGGCAUUGCCCUGAUGAAGCUCCCACCUGUCUUCUUCCUCUUCCCGAAGGAUACAAACAGCCAAUCGAGUGGCCAAAUAGCAGGAACAAGAUAUGGUAUCAUAAUGUACCUCACACAGAGCUUGCAACCAUAAAGGGGCAUCAAAAUUGGGUGAAAGUGUCUGGUGAGUACCUCACUUUUCCCGGUGGAGGAACUCAGUUCAAGCAUGGAGCACUGCACUACAUUGAUUUCAUCCAGGAGUCUGUGCCUGAAAUAGCCUGGGGGCAAAAUAGCCGUGUUGUAUUGGAUGUUGGCUGUGGAGUGGCCAGUUUCGGAGGCUAUCUAUUCGACAGAGACGUGCUCACCAUGUCAUUUGCUCCUAAAGAUGAGCAUGAAGCGCAAGUGCAGUUUGCUCUUGAAAGAGGAAUUCCAGCUUUCUCAGCAGUCAUGGGUACCAAAAGGCUUCCUUUCCCUGGAAUCGUCUUUGAUGUUAUCCAUUGUGCCCGCUGUAGGGUCCCUUGGCAUAUCGAAGGUGGAAUGCUGUUGCUCGAGUUGAACCGGUUGCUGCGUCCUGGUGGUUACUUUGUCUGGUCUGCCACACCGGUUUACCAAAAACUUGAGGAGGAUGUUGAGAUCUGGAAUGCCAUGACAGAAUUGACCAAGUCCAUGUGCUGGGAGAUGGUGAACAAGACGAAGGAUAAAAUCAACAAGGUCGGCAUCGUAACAUACAGAAAGCCUUCGAACAACGAAUGCUACGCGAAACGAAGCGAAAGCAGCCCUCCACUCUGCCAAGGCUCUGAUGACCCCAACGCCGCCUGGAACGUCCCCUUGCAAGCGUGCAUGCACGAAGUACCUUUGGAUUCGGCCGUCCGGGGAUCACAGUGGCCGCAGCAAUGGCCGCAGAGGUCGGAGAAUCCACCGUAUUGGCUGAAUAGCUCACAGAUUGGAGUAUAUGGAAAGCCUGCACCACAGGACUUCAAGGCAGACUUCCAGCACUGGAAACGCGUUGUAAGCAAUUCGUAUCUCAAGGGACUGGGGAUCGACUGGUCUGGUGUGAGGAACGUCAUGGACAUGAGAGCCGUCUACGGAGGUUUUGCUGCAGCUUUGCAAGAGGUGAACGCAUGGGUGAUGAACAUCGUCACCAUCGACUCACCGGACACUCUUCCUGUUAUUUAUGAGCGUGGACUUUUCGGGAUGUAUCACGACUGGUGUGAAUCUUUCAGCACCUAUCCUAGAUCAUAUGAUCUACUUCACGCGGAUCAUCUCUUCUCCAAAACAAAGAAGAGAUGUAAACUACUGCCAGUGAUCGCUGAAGUGGAUAGGAUUCUGAGACCGCAAGGCAAGCUUAUCGUAAGGGAUAAUGCAGAGACACUUGAAGAGGUCGAGAGCAUGGCAAAAUCACUGAACUGGGAAGUCAGAAUGGGCUACUCAAAGGAAAAAGGAGGAUUGUUGUGUGUUCAAAAGACACUGUGGAGGCCAGAAGAAGUUGAGGCAACUGUGUCAUCAUUGUCUUAGAGCAAAUGUAAAUCUCAGAUGUGUUUCUUCUUCUUCUUCUUCUUCUUCUUUUCUUUGUGUUCAUUUGCUGUUGGCAAUAGAGGGAUAGGCAAUGGUUUGUGAUUCUGAGUGGAUUGUAGAAUCACACAGUUGAGAAUUCUUGGGAUUUGAUGUUUAUAUUGGGACCAUGCACAGUGAGUCCUUUUAUGAGUCAUUUAGUAAGCUGAAUUAAAUUAAAUAUGCUGCUGGCUGCUCUCAA